AUGGCAUCCUCCUCCGUCCCCGUCCCCUUCAGCGAGCCCCCAUACCUGCUCGGCCUGCCCAACCCAUACUACACCCCCGAGCUCAGGAAAUGGCAAAAAGCAUGUCGAGACUUCACCACCGAGCACCUCCACCAGUACGCAUUCGAAUGGGAGAAGGAAGAGACGGUGCCCGAACAUGUCUUCCAAACCUUCAUCAAGCACAACAUGCUCAUCCCAACACUACCUUCUCCAUUGCCUGUGAAGGAGCUGAAGGCCUGCGGGAUCCAUGAUAUACUUGGUGUAGUGAAGGUGGAGGACUUCACGUACUUUCACACGUUGAUCUAUAACGACGAGAUGGCGCGGUCGGGGCUGAGUGGGCCGUCGGGGAGCUUGACGACGGGGAUGGCGUUUGGUGUGCCGCCUUUGAUCAAGUUUGGGAGUCAGGCGUUGAAGGAUAGGUAUUUGUCUGAUUGUCUGAAUGGCAAGACAAGGACGUGUAUUGCUAUUACGGAACCCGACGCAGGAUCAGACGUAGCCAACAUCAAGACGGAGGCCAAGAAGAGCGCGGAUGGCAAGAAGUACAUCGUCAACGGCAACAAGAAGUGGAUCACCAAUGGUAUCUGGGCGAACUACGCGGCAAUGGCUGUACGGACCGGUGGACCUGGAGCUGCCGGGCUGUCGAUGAUGUGGGUGCCGCUGAAAGGUCAUCCCGGAGUCGAUAUGCGCCGUUUGAAGGUCAGCGGGCAGAUAUCUGCUGGAACCACAUAUAUUGAGCUUGAUGAUGUAGAGGUACCUGUGGAGAAUUUGAUUGGCGAGGAGGGGAUGGGUAUGCGGUAUAUUAUGACCAACUUCAACCACGAGCGACUCACGAUAGCCAUUUCCGGCACUCGACAAGCACGUGUCGCGCUGAGCUCGGCAUUCGCAUACUGCCUUAAGCGCGAAGCAUUCGGGAAGCCUCUUAUGGACAAUGCAGUCGUGAGACAGCGAUUGGCGAGAGCCGGGUCGUUAUUGGAAAGCCACUGGGCAUGGGUCGAACAAUUCGUGUACCAAAUGUGCAACUUGAAGAAAGAAGAAGCCGACCUUGAGCUGGGCGGCCUCACAGCAGCAGCCAAGGCGCACACCGGUGUCGUUCUCAUGGAGUGUGCUAACGCGUGCGCCCUGCUGCAUGGCGGCAACGGGUACACUCGUUCAGGGCAAGGUGAGAUCGCAGAGAGGAUGUGGAGGGAGGUCAACGGGCUGCGGGUACCAGGCGGUUCGGAGGACGUGAUGAUGGAUCUCAUGGUCAGGCAGCUGGUGAAGAAUUUCCAGCGGAAGACGAAGGAGCUCGAGAAAUCGGGAGGAUCGAGGUUGUAA